AUGCCAUACCUGCAGGGAAUUUCUGAGGAGACAGAAGAUUCGGUUGUGGUCCAAGCGACGGGAUCAGGAAAGGUGCCGGAGAAUUCGUUAGAAGUGGCGGGCUCGGCUACUGUUGAGGGUUUGGGCCGAAUUGGCGGUGCUGCGCCGGUAGAGGCGGGCGCAACAGCGGCAUGCGGUGCGGCGCAAGCGGGGUCGCCAACAGAAGCUGGCGCGCGCGGGACUGGGCGUCAAGAGGCAGCACUUGGGGCGAACGACGCAGGGGAUCCGGGGCAGGUUGGGGGAACCGAGGGGAAAAGAAGGGAGGAGCGGCCCGUAACGGGAGCAACGGUACCGGUAGAUGCAGCAGUAGCAGCAGCGGCAGCAGAAACAGCAGCGGCAGCAGAAACAGCAGCGGCGGAAACAGCAGCAGCAGGGACAGCAGCCGCAGUGGAAGCAGCAGCAGGAGCCGUCGCUGCAGCGAAAGCAAGUCAAGCCGGGUCGUUCUUAGACGAUGAUGACGUGGACUCCGCGCGGCCAGUGCGCGUUAUCCCCCCCGGGCUAGACGCGUACAAGCGGGAGUAUUUCAACAAGCAGAGGGCGGCGGAAGGAAACGAACCCCCUGCGGGGGUGAUCCCCGCGGGAGUGCCCAUCCCCCCCUCGGGAGUAGCGUACGCUGGCGCAGUGCCAGGCGCAGCAGGCGGAGCAGCUGGCGGAGCUUCCGCCAGUGUACCCGCGGAUGCUGUUGCCCCCGCGGGGGGCGCGCUAUCUGCGCCUGGCGCUGGUAUUCCGCCCACGGGAGGCGGGCAGAUAGUAGGCGGCGCGAUGGGAGGGGCGCAGAUGGGGGAAGUUGCUGAUAUGGGGGGCAUUGGCGGAGGGAUGGGGGGGAUUGGCGGAGGGAUGGGGGGGAUGGGCGGAGGGAUGCGCGGUAGAAUGGGUGGUCAACCACCCGAAUGGCCUCGGAGGAGACAGACUGGCACGGAUAAGAGCCGAUACAACUAUGCCUCCGCGAAUCACGGCGCCAAGAUUGUGGACUGUAGCAGCGAGGCGAAACGACCCCAGGCCGUUUUAGACGAGGAUAAGGACAAGUAUUUACGCAUCCCGUGCAGUGUAGCUAAUAAAUUCCUCGUUAUAGAGCUCUCCGAGUUCCUGGCGCGGAUAGAAACGAUCGUACUCGCGAAUUACGAGUUCUACGCGUCUUCUACUAAAGACUUUGAAGUCUGGGCCAGCAGAAAUUACCCCUCGGACCGCUGGCACUUUCUGGGAAACUUCUCAGCGCAGAGCGUGCGGACGCCCCAGGCGUUCGAGGUGACAGGCAGCGGAGAUCUAGGGGAUUCAGUGCGGUACGUAAUGGUGCGGCAGCUGUCGCACCACGGGGCAGAGUUCUUUUGCACGCUGAGUCUGCUGCGAGUGCAUGGGGUGAACGAGCUGGAUGGGCUGAGGGAGGAGAUGGAAGAAAUGACUAGGAUGAUGGGUGCGGGCAGGCAGGCCGUUUCUGCUGCUCCUCCGGGGAGACAGGCUGUUGUUGGUGCUGCUCUGGGCACUCCUCAGGUGGUUACCACUCCCCAAGUGGUUCCCUCUCCACAAGUGGUUACCUCCCCUCAAGCGGUUACUCUUGAACCCGGUCUGGUGAGGGGUGUUGUUGUUGAUGUUGUGGAGCCUGGGGCGCUGCAGGCUCCUGAGUUCAUGGGAUCAGGGGGGUCCGUGGGACUAGAUGGUUCAAUCGGUUCAGAGGGUUCCAGAUCGGUGCCAGCCCAGGCAGCGGGCGCUGACCCACCGUCCACUGCGCCGCCAUCUGAGCAAUCUCCGACACUCUCUGUGCCUCCUGGUGCUGAUUCUUCUCCUGGUGCUGCUGCUGCUGCUGCUGCUGCUGGUGUUGCUGCCCCCACAAGCGCUCCCUCCUCUCGUGAACCUGUUCAGCUUGUUCAGCCUUCUCAUUCGCCUCCUGCUUCUCAGCCUCCCCCUCCGCCUCCCCCUCCUCCUCCUCCGCCUGCUGCUGCUGCUUCUGCUUCUGCCGCAGUUCCUGCUGAUACUGCUGCUGCUGCUGCUGCUGUUGCUUCCAGUGAGUCAGUUAGCGCUUUAAGCAACACAGGGGCGAGUGCGGAGGCUGGGAGCACAGGAAGCGGCGUGGAGGACAAUGGGAGUUCCACAGGUGCUCCUGGCGCCAUCCCACAACCACCUGGUCCUGGCUCCGUUCUUCACUCACCUGUUCUGGAAACCCCCUCUGGGAAGGCAGAGGAGCAGUCUGGUGGGAGCAGUGGAAUGGGCGUAGAGGGAGGAGUGGGGCACGGCGGUGGGGAGCAGCAAGGGGUUGAGGCAGUUACGGCACAUGGGGGGGUGGAGGAGCAAGGUGGGUUGAAGCAGCGCGGUACUGAGAGGGAAGGGGAAGGGAGCAGCGGGGGCAGCAGGGAGGGCAGCAGUAAAGUGGUGGCUGGGGAGGGAGUGGAUACAGUGGUUUCUGAGGGGAGCAGAGAAGAGAAGCUGUCGUUAAGUGCAGGGACGAAGGCAGCAGAUGCGGAUGGGAGUGCUAAGAGGGGGCUUGGCUGUGUGGGGAAAGCUGAAGGGGCUGGGGAGGAGGGGAGGAUGGAGGGAAGGCAUGGGGCAGGCAGGUUGGGAGAGCGAGAGAGUGAGAAGCUGGCUGGGAGAGAAGGUGGUGCAGGAUGCGCGUCAGUGGAUGGAGAUGCAGUUGCUCACAGAGGAGCAGCAGCGGGUGCAGAUGCUGCUUCUGGGUGUGAUACUGGGGGAGGUGCGGGGAUGAGUGUGGCCAUGUUAGGAGAUCUUUCUGGCGUAGAAAUGGCAAGUUCUGAGGCAGGCGUGGAGGCAGGUGCUGAAGCAAGCACUGAAGCAGGCGGUGAAGCAGGCGUUGAGGCAGGCAGUGACUUGAACGGUUUGGGAGGAGCAGGGGAGAAUGGUCUGAGAGGUGUGGAAGGAGCAGCGGAGGUGGGUGAGGUGAGGCUGGAAGGGGGAACUGCAGAGCUGCCGAGCAAGGAAGGAUCUGUAGAUGAAGGGGCGUUAGCAGCAGCAGGGAGAGAGGCAAAGGGAGAGAGUGCGGUGGAAGGAGGUGCCGAGGUAGGGAGUGCGGUGGAAGGAGAAAGGAAGGGGAACUGGGACGAGGAGGAGUGUGGUGAAACAGCACAUCUGAAGAGCUUGGCUGAGGUGGGGGAGAUGAAGGGGACGAGCAAUGGCAGGGAUGAGGAGGAGCAGCAGGCAGGGGAGACCAGGGGGGAAAUCGCAGGAGGAAUGAGGGAGGAAACGGGUGUGGGUAUCGAAAGGGGGGUGGGGAAGGGCGAGUUGAGUGCAGCUGUUCUGGACGGCAGGGACUUGACUGAUUCAAGCAAGGCUGGAGAGUAUGCAGAAGCAGAUGCAGUGGCGAAGGGAGGGGCAGGGUCAGAGGCCAGCGUUGCAUUGGGUGGUGGGACCUCAGUUGCUGCCCCUAGGGAGGCAAAAGGUCAAGGUGCCGAUGCUGGUGCGGCAGGCAGUGGGGCAGGUGCUGCAUCCGCCCCUCCUCCUCCCGCUGCUUCCUCCAUGCCGCCCGCUCCCACACCCUCACGUCAGGUCUCUGUCACAGGAACUGGGAAAGAAGGUUCAGGUGAAAAGGGAGAUUCAGGUGAUAAGGGGGAUCUAGGUGAAAAGGCAGGUGCAAAUGGGAAGGCAGGAGCACGUGAAAGGGAAGCAGGAGAAGCUAGGAUGGAAGGGGAGAGUGGAGGGAAGGAAGAACGAGGGAAGGGCAAUGCGGUGGAAGCUGGAGGGGCAAGCACAAUGGAAACUGCUCCUUCAGGUGGUUUAUCAGACAAGGAAGAGAUCGUUCAGGUAAAAACAGCAGUGACAGGUGUGGAGCACGGGGCGCCGUCUGCAGCAGCAGAUGGGCAGCAGACAGUUUCUUUGGAUUCGGGCGAAAAUGUGGAAGCGAGAUCUACGGCAGUCGAUGAGAGCAACUUAGAAGGUAGCAGUUUAGCAGGCAACAGGAACACAUGGGAGGACAAGCAGGCCGUGCUGGAGCAGUAUGUGGAGGACAUGGCUGCCUCCUAUGCGGCUAACCUUGCUUCUACGGAUGCUGAGCUGCUCUCGCUGCGCACUCGCCUGCGUAACGCCACGGGUACCAUUGCGGGGUUGCAAGUGCAGCUGCAGAAUGCGUGGGAGGACAAGCAGGCGGUGCUGGAGCAGUAUGUGGAGGACAUGGCUGCCUCCUAUGCGGCUAACCUUGCCUCCACGGAUGCUGAACUGCUUUCGUUGAGGACUCGCCUGCGGAAUGCAACGGGUACCAUUGCGGGGCUUCAAGCGCAGCUACAGAAUGCGUGGGAGGACAAGCAGGCCGUGCUGGAGCAGUAUGUGGAGGACAUGGCUGCCUCCUAUGCUGCCAACCUCGCUUCUACGGAUGCUGAGCUGUUGUCGCUGAGAACGCGCCUGCGGAACGCUACAGUUACGAUUGCCGGGCUGCAGGCGCAGCUGCAGAGCUCGUGGGAGGACAAGCAGGCCGUGCUGGCGCAGUAUGUGGAGGACAUGGCUGCCUCCUAUGCUGCUAAUCUCGCCUCCACGGAUGCUGAACUGCUUUCGUUGAGGACUCGCCUGCGGAACGCUACAGUUACGAUUGCCGGGCUGCAGGCGCAGUGCAGACUGCGGGGAUGUGUGUGCGUGCACGUGGUGAGGCAGUGGGAGGACAAGCAGGCGGUGUUGGAGCAGUAUGUGGAGGACAUGGCUGCCUCCUAUGCUGCUAAUCUCGCCUCCACGGAUGCUGAACUGCUUUCGUUGAGGACUCGCCUGCGGAAUGCAACGGGUACCAUUGCGGGGCUUCAAGCGCAGCUACAGAAUGCGUGGGAGGACAAGCAGGCGGUGUUGGAGCAGUAUGUGGAGGACAUGGCUGCCUCCUAUGCUGCUAAUCUCGCCUCCACGGAUGCCGAACUGUGUGUGUGA